AUGGUAUUGAGGGAGCGUUUCAAUGUUGUAAGAACUGUUUUUCUUUCAAACUUCUUCCUCCUCAUCUUCCUUCUUCCUCUUCACGGCGAUGGGCAGUUUGAAAGUGGUAGAUUCUUUAUCGAAGAAGAACAUGAGAUCAAAAAGGGGAAUAGGGCUACGGUGGGUGUGGCCUCCGGUUUGGAUGUGAUUGAAGCGAUCCUCAUGAUUGAUUGCAGAAAGGGUGUGUUUUGGGUAGUUGGUGGCGAAAGGGUAAUCUGUGAUACGGGGUUUGUGUCUUUCACAGAGACAUCAACAUGCUUCCCAGUGAGUUGUUCUAACCAUUACUCUUUUCAUGUGUUGUCUCUUUGUUCUAUAAUAGCAUCAUUGACUAUCAAUUGUGAAUUUAUAUAUCUCUAA